UUAAGAAUACUGAUAAUGCGCUGGUUAAAGAUAAGACGCUGCGUUGUGACUAUAAAAGCGACGGUCCGCCAAUUUUCGGCACAUUUGUACCCGAAUACCAUCAACAGUUGCAACACGACCGUGAUAGCGCAGAUAGACAAAAUGUUCAAGUAUUUCGCUUUUCUGACCAUUUGCGUCGCACUGGCCUCGGCCAAUUUGGUGAGCGUGCCCAUCUACAAGAACCUCAAGUACAACAGAACCCGUGCAUCUGUGCAGGCUGAGACCGCCUACUUGCGCAGCAAAUACAAUAUACCCGGAGCACGUAGCGCCACUGUGGAAUUGGAGAAUGAAUACAACUUUGAGUACUUUGGCAAGAUCACCAUCGGUACACCAGCGCAAGACUUCUUGGUAAUCUUCGAUACUGGCUCAUCCAACUUGUGGGUGCCAUCGUCCACCUGCCCCAGCAGUGACGAAGCUUGCCAGAAUCACAACAAAUACACCUCGAGUGCCUCCAGCACUUAUGUGAAAAAUGGUGAAAGCUUCUCCAUUGAAUAUGGUUCCGGCAGUUUGUCCGGUUUCUUGUCAGAAGAUACCGUCAGUGUAGGUGGACUCAGUAUUAAAAAGCAAGUUUUCGCUGAAGCUACAGCAGAGCCUGGUGAUUCCUUCGUUGACGCACCUUUCGAUGGUAUUUUGGGUAUGGCCUUCCAGUCGAUUGCCGUUAACAAUGUUGUGCCACCUUUCUACAACCUGUAUUCACAGGGUUUGGUCAGUGAGAACUUAUUCUCCUUCUAUUUGGCCUCAGCUGGUACCUCCAGUCAGGGUGGUCAAUUGAUUUUGGGUGGUUCGGAUUCCAGCCUCUACCAAGGUAGUCUCACCUAUGUGUCCUUAUCCCAGGAAACUUACUGGCAAUUCAGUUUGGGUGGUGCUACCAUGAACGGAAAGGUUUUGUGCAGUUCCGGUUGCCAAGCCAUCGCUGAUACUGGCACCUCACUCCUGGUUGCACCAUACAGUGCCUACAACGCAUUCGUGAACAUCGUAGAUCCCGAUGGUGAUAGCACCGUUGAUUGCUCGUCGAUCAGCAGCUUGCCUGAUAUUGACUUCGUCAUUGGUGGUAAAACUUUCUCUGUACCGGCUUCGAAAUACAUUCUGAAUGAAAACGAUCAGUGCUCACUUGCCGUCUCGUACAUUGGUACCGACUUCUGGAUCUUGGGAGAUAUCUUCCUUGACUUGUAUUACGCCGAAUUUGAUAUGGGCAACAGCCGCAUCGGUUUCGCUCCAGUCGCUUAAAUUUAUAAUUUUUUUAUUUACUGUUAAAUGGUGGCUCUUAAAUAAAA